GGCGUCGCUGGGGGAGGAGAGGGAGGGGGCGAGGAGGACCGUGUGCCCUUGUAGCACGGAGACACGGCGCGCCGUUCCGACCCAGCCGGGCGAGCGGGCCAGCGCGCGGCGCGUCGGGCCAGCGCGGCGGCCGGGCUCUGGCGAGUGAUGAGAUGCCGCCGGCAGUCAGUCGGUGAGCGGCGCUGGCGGUGGCGUGGCGUGAGGGGUGUUUGUGUGAAUGGGACCGCGCUGUGUUGUUUUUAGUUCGUGCGACCUUUGAACUCAAGUCUGGACCGGCGCGAGGCGUCAAACCGGAGUGAGCAGAGGCUGCAAGAGAAGGAAUAAUAAGGGACUUCAUACCAGCGCCGGCACGCGGCCGUCUAACCCGAGGCAAUGGCGUACGAGGAUCUGCGAGACGAGGAGCGCGCUGACGACGGGCGCGACGCGUCGCCGGCCGCCGGCAGCGACGGCAGCUCGGGCAGCUCGGGCGACACGCCGCGGAUCAUGAAGCCGCUGCCGCCGCAGCCGCCCACCGUGCUCGACACGUACUUCGCCGACAACCGGGUGGAGGUGCCGCCCGGAGAGGAGGAGAAAUGGUUCAGCUGGCGCAAGCUGUGGGCGUUUACCGGCCCGGGGUUCCUGAUGAGUAUCGCCUACCUGGAUCCCGGCAACAUCGAGUCCGACCUUCAGUCCGGCACCGUGGCCAGCUACAAGCUGCUGUGGAUGCUGCUCUCUGCCACCGUUCUCGGUCUGAUGGCGCAGCGUCUGGCGGCCCGGCUGGGCGUGGUGAGCGGCAUGCACCUGGCCGAGGUGUGUCACCGCCAGUACCCGAAGCCGGCGCGGCUCGUGCUCUGGAUCAUGAUCGAGGUGGCCAUCAUCGGCUCCGACAUGCAGGAGGUCAUCGGCACCUCCAUUGCCCUCUACAUGCUCUCCAAUAAACUGAUUCCCCUGUGGGGCGGAGUGCUCAUCACUGUCUGCGACACGUUCACCUUUCUCCUGGUCGACAAGUACGGCAUGCGCAAGCUGGAGGCCUUCUUCUGCUUCCUCAUCGCCGUGAUGGGCAUCAUGUUCGGCUAUGAGUACGUGGUCGUGUCGCCGCCCCAGGCGGAUGUCAUCAGCGGCAUGUUCAUACCGGGCUGCUCGGGCUGCGACAGCCGCUCGCUGCUGCAGGCGGUCGGUAUUAUCGGAGCCGUCAUCAUGCCGCACAACCUCUACCUACACUCGGCGCUCGUCAAGUCUCGGCACGUGGACCGGACGCGUCGCUCGCGGAUCCGCGAGGCCAACUACUACUACUUCAUUGAGUCGUGCCUGGCGCUGCUGGUCUCCUUCAUCAUCAACGUCUUCGUGGUGGCCGUGUUCGCCUACGGACUCUUCAACAAGACCAACCAGGACGUGGUGGACGUGUGCAAGGGCACCGGACUGGAUACCAUGUAUCCGGACACAUUCCCCAACAACACGGAGCUGGUGGACGCCGACCUGUUCAAGGGCGGCGUGUUCCUGGGCUGCCAGUUCGGCGUGGCGUGUCUCUACAUCUGGGCGGUGGGCAUCCUGGCGGCGGGGCAGAGCAGCACCAUGACCGGCACCUACUCGGGACAGUUCGUCAUGGAGGGUUUUCUGAACCUGACCUGGCCCAAGUGGAAGAGAGUUCUCGUGACGCGAACCAUCGCCAUCCUACCCACGUUCUUCAUUGCCGUGUACAAGGACAUCAACGACCUAACUGGUAUGAACGACCUGUUGAACGCGCUGAUGAGCCUGCAGUUGCCGUUCGCGCUGCUGCCCACCCUGACGUUCACCAGCUCCGAGCAGAUCAUGGGAGAGUUCCGGAACGGCACGCCGAUGAAGAUAGCGGCCAGCGUGCUGUCUGCGCUGGUGGUGGGCAUUAACAUCUUCUUCGUGGUGUCGUACGUGCGUGACACGCUGCCGGCCGUGUGGUGGGCCGACCUGAUGCUGGCUGUCUCCGGCUUGGCCUACGUGGGCUUCAUCGGCUACCUCACCACCCUGCUGUACGGCGCCAUGGGAGGACUCGGCUUCGACCGGAUCAGGGCACACAUUGUGUACAAUGACUCCGUCCAGAGCCACUCGUGGGACGAGGAGGCCGUCACGGAGGCGCCCAUCUCCUGUGCUGGAGGGAGCGGCGACACCGGGCCGGGUGCUGGCGCCUCGUCUGGUGCCGGCGACACUGCCACAGCCGGCCCUGUGGGCGGACAGUAGCGGUCGACAGUGCCUCUCUGACGGACGUGGCUGGCAGUGGAACAUUCGAGGAUAGAAGUCAACUGUCAGUACUCCGUAUCGGGUCUGUCAGAGAGCUACGACGACGCACUACGCGAACACUGGGAGGCAUCCUCUCGAAGUCCGACUGAGUGACCAUUUAUUUGGGCUUUUUGGUACUGCUGAAUGACUUCUUGAUUGCCUAGUCCUCUCGCUGGAAAAUGCAAACAGCCGGUUUUUCGGGGAUAGAGCUAAAAUUAAUGCUGUUUUUUUUUGUAAACAAAGAACUGUCGUUACCAUUUCAUGCCCCCUAUUGGUAUGCUCGCUAUAAGAAACACAGGCCGCUUAUACUUGUCUGUAACCUGAUUCGGACACCCGAGGGCUUGCACCCGCACGAAAAUGACAACUCCUGAAUCAAUGCAGCAUUCAAUUGUUCCUGUUUUCAGGCUGAUUUGAUCCUGCAGCUACCAAUACUUGCUCUUCUCGUCUGUUACCGGAAGGGCGUGCACACAAGUCAAGUUCUAAUAACCACUUAUCGCUCGUGACGGAUUACGUAACUAGGUGACGUAUUCCAAACGUGCUCGUAUUCAUACCUCAGAUAAUGUGAUGUUUUUGAACAGGCACUUUACUGGCUUCAACGUUUCGUGUUUACUGUUUAUGUUUAAACCAAACCCCACUACUUGCCGUUAUGGGGAGCGGCGGCCGAAGAGCUGCCGUUUCUGCUGCGAGUGCUGCUGCCGAGUCUGAUCAAACAGAGUAUUUUGUCCGCGCGGCGCGCCGCGGUGCCGUCGCCGCACCCUUGUGACCUGCUGGGCUGUGAUAAUCGACAGUGUCUCGGUACGCAGCCAGUGCCCCGGCGACCGGGACAUCAGACAUGGCCGCGACCUGCCGUCGACCGAACGCCGAGAGUACGCGACUGGUAGGCCGCCGACCCUUCCAAACCGGCUGCCUUGUAUAGUGUGUACACUGUACAUUGCCAUCGUGGUGCGGCGUGUGUUGACAUUUGUCGAUUUAAUCGGUUUCCUUGUUUAGCUUGUAUGUCGCCUCCCUAUUUGCUGGCGUUUUAUAUGCUGAAUGGUGGGCCUGUCGGUUUAUAUCGGAUGCUUCGUUUAAGUGUGUGCAAUGGUGAGGGUCCUGGGAUAUGCCUGUGUCUGAUAUUAUAUCCACUCGUAGUGUCUUUUCUUAUAGUUAGUCACCUACUGGUUAUCAGGAACUUGUAUCGAUAAAGGAUUUGCUCUUUUCAUUCUUGCAGCACUUGCAUGGACAGCUGGUUUCUUGCUCACGACGUCUUUAUCCGCAUUUGUAUUGGUAUAACGCCCUCUAUAUUCUAUUUAAUAAUGGAUAUGGUUUUACAUUUUGUGUACAGACUGCAGAAUCCUUCCAACUAACGUAGCUGGCGUGGUGAAAGGAUAUGGUGCAAUGUCAUGAUCGCCUAAUGUCAAUAAACGGUACAUGACUCGAAA